CCACCCCAUGAUUAGUGAGCGGAGCUAAUUUCAAGGGUGAUGGUAAAGACGAGGCAUGGCGCCCACACCUAACUAUGGCGGACCAGCAAUAUGUGGGAUUCCAGUGUUACUACUGUCACGGAAAAUCAAAAGACUUUGAUGAAAUAAUACACCACCUGAUCAAUAAACACCCUACAAAUGAAAUGAAAAUUCGAAAAAUCGUUAUAUGUCAACAGAAUAAUAAAAUUAAUUACAAGAAAUUUUUCUCAUGUGGUUCCUGAAGAAAUUAAAGCAAGUGGCAAGAGGAUUGUGGUACAAGACAAGGAGUCAAUGACAAUUUCUAUAACCCAAUCCUCAAGUGAUUCUCAUGUUGUCUCGAAAUGCUCUAAAUUAGUUGACACUACACCAGUUAAGCACAAUGCAACAUUUAACAAUGAAAUUGAAUGUAAUGAAAUGGACAAUGACAAUGAAAUAGAAAAUAGAAAUGAAAUGAGUGAUAGUAUAAAUAUGACAUCUAAUGAUAACAAUAGCAAUAAUGAUGGAGCUACAGAUGAAAACAACGACGAGUUGUUAAGAGAAUUUGCUAACAUGAUGCCUCAAGUCAUCAAUAGACUGUCAGAUGAUGGAUCUUUGACAACUAUACGUCAAUUCUUUCACCUAAUCACAACUGACGUGUUCCCGUUAGACAACAUUGCCUAUAGAUGUUUUCUGGAUGUUCUUGAGUGGAUGGGGUGCGGUGCUAGCACACAAUUUCGUUAUAGAUUCCCCGAUACAAUACGCUUCUGGAGGAUUGGUUACCGCCUUUUCAAGGGUAAAUUCCUGAGAUAUAUGAAUGGGGUCAACGAUGGUGGUAUAUCCAACUUUAUUGUUCCAACUAAGGCUGUUCUGAAAAAGAACAGCGAGAUAAAAGAGGACGCUAUGCCUGGCAUAAACAGUUUAGCAAUUGAUGAUAUUGCUGAGAAAGAUCGUGGUUCUAUGAAAACAAGAAAAAUUGUGAGUUUUGUGCCCUACUACUAUCCCUUGUGAGAUGCAUGAGAUG